AUGUUUGAAUUUUAUUUUAGUUUUCUAAAGAAAAUUGCUCUUUGUUGCCAUUUUCUGAUUACAUUUUCUUCAAAAUGUGAUUUAAUGGAACUUGAACCAAAUUAAUUCAUAAUGCCCUUACAAUAAAAUGUAAGAUUGAUAGAAAUGGACUCUGAUAACUUUGAAUAAUUAAAUUAAAUAACAUUUGCUCUAACUGAAUAAGCAUUUAAUAUCUCAUAUUUAGAAAGUGAAAAAAUAAGAUCUACCAUUAUUUCUAAUUUCAUAUUUUAUAAUUCAACACAAUAACAAUGGAUAUGCAGACUUUUGAAAUUUUAAUCAUAUAAUAUCCUUUGUAAUAAUGAUAUCAAAUUAAAUCCAACUGAUAUCGAUAUAUUGAAUAUGGAACUUUAAUUCAAAGUUGAUAUUAUGACAGAAGCAUAAUAUAAUUGUGAUGAAUUCUUCUAAUGGCAAAUUUCUAACUUUUUAUUAUUUUGUAGUUCCCAAAACAUUAUCAAAAUAUAUUCUGUAGAUAUUUCAAAUACUACACUAUUAAUAACAGAAAAAGAGUUUGAUUAGCAUUAAUUUGAUUAAUGUAUAAGAGAAUAUAUAAAAUAAUCAGAAGAAUAGUAUUUUAUUAUUUUAUAUGGUUGUUUCUAAUGGGCAAUAUUUGAGUUUUCAGGGUCAUCUUUAGAUUUACUUAUAGAUUAAUAUAUUAUGUUGAAUAAAACUAAUUAAAGCAUUCCUUAUGUUCAAAGAAUUUAAAUCUGCAAGUACUUAAAUAAAGAUUUAUCAGAAUAUUAUCUAAUUACAAAUGAUGGGUAUUAUUAAUUUUAAGUGAAUAAUAAAAAUAAAUAAUUAUCUUGGGUAUCAUUUGAAAAAUUCUAAAAUAUACAAUAACUUAUAUUUAUAAAAAAUUGGUGUAAAGUAAAUUAUUUAAUUAUAUAUCAAAAUUAAACUACUAGUAUUAUAAUUAAUAUACUAAAAAAAGAAUUAGUUAAUAUUAAUAGUAAUGUAAUUUAAGUGCAUGAAAGCUCUAAUCUUAUAUUUUUAUUAAGUAAUAAAAGUUUAGAUGUGAUCAUGAAUUAAUAGAUUAAAUAACACAUCUAACUUUAGGCUAAUCAUUUAUUUUUUUUAGAUAAUGAUAAAUAUUUUUAUUACAUAGAUGAACUUAACUCUUAAAUUUCAUUUUAUAGUUAUAAUGAUCUCAAUUAAUUUUUAAUUCCAAAAAAAACUUAUGUAUUUAAGGUAUUAUUAAAAGAUUAAUUCGAAAUAAGUCUUCUUAAUUGUUACAAAGUUAAUAUCAUAAAUAAUAUUGAUAAGGCGAUUGUCUUUAAUGAUAUCCAUUUGUUAAAUUCAUGUUAAGAACAUGAUUCUAUCAUUUUUGAUAAACAAUGUAUUGAAUUACCAGAACAAUAUGAUUUUUAAGUAUAAUAGGUAUCGAUUUCUACAAUUCUUAAUAUUACUGAUAUUGUGGAAUUUUAAAAUAAUUGUGACAUUAGAUUUAUUUCAAAAGAUUCUAUCUUAAUAUAUAGGGAAGAUAAUUAUGCAAUCUUCAAAAACAAUCAUUUUAUCACAAUUUAGGAGUGCAUCAAUAAUAUUAAUUAUAAAAUACCAAUUUAAACCUAUAGUGUAUUUCAAUAUCACUUAUUCUUUUUGAUUAUCAACAAAGGAGAUAAAUUAUUUAAAAUAAUUUAAUAAUCAAUAAAUUAUUAAAUAUCAGUUGAAAAUGAAAUUGAAAGUUUUAGUUAAUUUUAAAUUCAUGUUCUAAUAAUAACUAAAAUGGGAUAAAAUUUUAUGAUUAUCAGUAUCAAUAAUUUAGGAUAGGAAAAAUUAUCAUAAAAUUUAAUAACUAAAUUAUUCUAAAUUUAUUCAAGAGAGUAACCAAAUAAUCAUCCAACAUUUUUCUAUUAUAAAAAAUAAAAUUAUUAAUUCAUAGAAUUUCAUAGUAAUUUACUAAUUUAUGAUCUAUAUAAUGAUUAGAUUAUUAUUCUACCAUUUCAGAAUAUUUAAAUUAUAUCAAUAAAGAAUUUGAUAAAUAAUGUUUAUUAGAUUAUUGCAGUACAUCUCAUAGAAGAUGUAAUUUUCUAAUAUAUUUUUACUUACUCAUAACAAUUAAUUCUUUAGUAUAAUUAUACCAUUAUUAAUGCUAAAAUUUAAAGACCUUUAAAAUUUAACAUCUAAAAUCAUUAAACAUAAAAAGAGGAAUAAAGUUUAUUAAUCAUAUUAGUUGAUAAAGAUCAAGAACAUUAGAUAUAAAUUCUUCGAGUGAGCCAUACACGGCCACUUAAAUUAAUAAGGAUUAUUAAUGUAAGCAUACCAGAAUUUUUUAUUGUUUAAACAAUUUUACAUUAUUAUGAUUAAAAUUUUGAAAUUAGAGCUAUUGAUAUUUUCUAAUUUCAUGUAAAAUUGAAGAAUAUAAACACAAAUUAAAGGGAUGCUUUUUCAAGUGACAAUUUGACUUUUUAUAUUGUUUCAAAAUAUACUACAGAAAAUGUAAUUAAGUGUAUAUUUAGAUUAAAUUAAUAUAAUUUGUGUCAUCAAAUAUAUAAUAUACAUAAUUAGAUUGAGAUUAUUUUAAAUAAUAAACAAAAAUAAUAAAUUUAAAUUAAUGAUUUUUUUGUAGGACCUAUUAAUAAUUUAUACAUCACAAAUAAUUCAUUGGUAAAACUUAAUGGAUUUUAUUUAUAGCAUAUCCCUAUCCUAUUUUGCUCUUAAUUAAAUAAAAAUAAUUGUAUUAUCACCAUCAAUCUUAGUAACAAACUUUUGCCUGAUUAGAACAAAAAGUUUAUAGCUCAUAUUUUAAAAUAACAAAAUUAAAAUAUAUUCCUCUCCUUAAUAGAUGAGUAGAAAACAUCUUAAAAAGGUUAAAAUAUCUUAUUAGAUAUAUUUUUAAUUAAUUAAUGGUAAUUAGCUAUUUUGUCAUUAAUUAAAAAAUAAAUUAUUAUUAUUAUAUAAGAUAUUGAUAAGGAUACUUUUGAAGUUAGGAAUGAAUAAUAAUUUUUAUUAUAAACUAAUUUCGAUCUUCAUAAUUAUAAAAUACAUUUUACUGGAUCCUUAAUUCAAAUUAAAUAACAAAAUCAGGAAAUCUUAUUUUUUACUAAAAAUUAUUACAUCAAAUACUAAGAAAUAUAGAGAUAUUAAGAAGGUUUAUUAUCUGUUGAAAAUUCUAAUUAGUUAUAUAUUGAAUUAUAAUCAUAAAAUAAACAUUUAAUAAUUAAUAUUCUAGAGUUUGAUGAUACAAAAUUUGAAUUAAUUCAUUUUGCGGAAGUUAACUUUACAAUUAUUAACAAUCUAUUAAAUAAUCAUUUUAAUGAAGAUUUUACUUAGUUUUAGCAAUUUAUUUCAAAUCAUAUACUUAAAUCUAUUUAAAAGAGAAAUUAAAUUAAUUUAAUAGUCUUAUAAGAAUAUCAAUUUUUUUCUCUCAUUCUAAAUAUUUCAUUAUAGUUAAACGAUACUUCUUUUCAAAUUGAAAUUUAAUAAGUUAUUAGGAAUCCUAAAACAAUUAACAAUAUCAAAUAAAUAUUUUAUUAAUACAAUAUUUUAAUAUUGACAUCUGAUAGAGAAUAGCGGUAUAUAUAUGAUUUGAAUUAAAAGAGAUAAUUCUAUGAUUAUAAUUACAUAGAGAACUCUACAUCAAAAUUCAUUUGUUCUAUCAAUAGUACUCAUUUCAUAUUUUAAAAUUCAAACUAGAAUUAUUCUAUUGGGUAACUAAAUUAUGAAAUUGAACUAUUAGAAGGGCACUCAAAUCAAGAAACUUGCAUUUUAGUUGCUGAAAAUUCAUUAGCUAAAACUGAUAUUAAAUUAAUUAUUGCUAAAUAAAGUGUGGGGUAAAUUUGGACAAUAGUUUUAUUAACAAUAUCUAGUUUUUUAAUAUUAUUAUUUAUCUCUAUUAGUUUACUGAUUAAAAUUAAGAAAAAGAGAAAUAAUGUUUAUUAGACAUAAAUUGAACUUUAAAAUUCAAUUGUAUCAAAUUUAAAUUUAUGA